GGGGCCACCGUGCGGCAGCGCCACUCUGCCCGCCGGCUCACCGCCGUCGAUCGCGCGGUGCCCCGCCCGCCCGGCUAUUCCUGGCGUGGGGCCGCCUGUCGCGGGUUCACAGUGGACCAUGCGCCAGACCAGCCCGCCACCAGCUCGCUGGCUAUGCGUGCUGGCUAGCGUCCUCGCCUGCGCCCUCGGCCCCGCGAGCACCCGGGCAACCAUCCUGCAGCAAGAGGAAUGUUACUACCUGCAGCAGAUCGAGGUGGAGCACAAGCGGUGCCUAGAGGAGGCCCAGCAGGAGAAUGACACGGCAGGCUGCAGCAAGAUGUGGGACAACCUCACCUGCUGGCCGGCCACCCCACUGGGCCAGGUGGUCAUCUUGGACUGCCCCCACAUCUAUAAGUUCUUCUCCCCAGUUCAAGGCCGCAACGUGAGCCGUAGCUGCACCAAUGAGGGUUGGACGCCCCUGGAGCCUGGCCCCUACCCCAUUGCCUGUGGCUUGAAUGACAAGGCAUCGGAUUUGGAUGAGCAGCAGCAGUCAAUGUUCUACAGUUCUCUGAAGACCGUCUACACCAUCGGCCACAGCCUGUCCCUUGCUGCCCUUCUGGUGGCUACAGCCAUCUUGAGCCUGUUCAGGAAGCUCCGCUGCACGAGGAACUACAUCCACAUGCACCUCUUCAUAUCCUUCAUCCUGAGGGCCACUGCGGUCUUCAUCAAAGACUUGACCCUCUUCAACAGCGAGGAUGUGGACUAUUGCACCCAGGGCUCGGUGAGCUGUAAGGCAGCCAUGGUUUUUUUCCAGUACUGUAUCAUGGCCAACUUCUUCUGGCUGCUGGUGGAGGGCCUCUACCUGCACACCCUGCUGGCCGUCUCCUUCUUCUCUGAGCGGAAGUACUUCUGGGGGUACAUACUCAUCGGCUGGGGGGUGCCCAGCACCUUCACCAUCGUGUGGACAAUCAUCAGGCGCUAUUUGGAGGAUACGGGAUGCUGGGACACCAUCGACUCCUCAUUUUGGUGGAUCAUAAAGGCCCCCAUCCUCACGUCCAUCUUGGUGAACUUUAUCCUGUUUAUUUGCAUCGUCCGAAUCCUGGUUCAGAAACUUCAAUCCCCAGAUGUUGGGAAGGGUCACAGCAGCCCAUACAUGAGGCUGGCCAAGUCUACUCUUCUGCUGAUCCCCCUGUUUGGAGUGCACUACAUCAUGUUUGCCUUCUUUCCCAAGAACUUUACAGCUGUGGUGAAAAUGGUCUUUGAGCUCGUCGUGGGGUCUUUCCAGGGUUUUGUGGUGGCCAUCCUGUACUGCUUCCUCAAUGGUGAGGUGCAGGCAGAGUUACGGCGGAAGUGGCGGCGCUGGCACCUGCAGGGCUUCUUGGGCUCGGACCCCAAAUACCAGCACCCCUCAGGAGGCAGCAACGGGGCCACGUGCAGCACGCAGGUCUCCAUUCUGACCCGCGUCAGCCCCGGUGCGCGCCGUUCCUCCAGCUUCCAGGCCGAAGUCUCCCUGGUCUGACCGCCGGGCGCCCAUUGGCCCCCACCGGCCGCUCCCAUCCACACGUCUGCACCUCCCACCCCAGGCGGCACCGAGCACCGAGGCCUGCCCGGGCGAUGCCAGCCUCAGCCCUGGGCUCAGAGGCUGUCCCAGCCCCCAGGCCACUGUCCGGAAGCCCCUAAAGAACUCUGCCCUUGCACUUUCCUGAGGAGAGUAGUGCGCACCGACGCGUGAGCCGCUUCUCUGCAAGGAGGGGCGCCGGUGCUCCUACCUGAGAUGUGGGGGUGGAGCUCAGCCAUCAGAUUCCUCCCCCGAGAAUCCUCGUCCGCCAAUCAGGAGCAAGAAACACACGUGCUCUCACCUGAGUCGGCGCUGGUAGCUCUCAGGCGCAGUCCUAGGUAGGCAGCGGCCCAUCCCCCUACAAUGAAUGUGGGAAAGUGGCCGGCGCCCAGGACACAAAGAUCUUGCCCCUAAGAGUCACCCGCCGCCGCCACCACCUCGACAGAGCCUGAAGUUCCACCAUUGCCAUCAGGUUCCUUCGGGUUAAGCAUUAUCAUCAUUAAGGCAUCUCUUCCAAGAAGCAGUCGCCAACUCCAACGUCGUCCUCUGGGCAGUCAGCUCCUCCAGGUGCAGGAGUUUCUCUGCCUCAGGCAGGUGUGGUUUUACCCGGAGCUUAGUUUGGGGCGAACAGGUAUCUGCGUAAGUCCCCGCUGAAGUGGAGUGUUCCCAGGGUGGCUGGAACCAUCGGGACUGCCACCCUACAGGCAGUGGGAGCACCCCUUGGCUGCCCACCAGAUGAGCCAACCAUUAGGAUCAGGCUGAGAGAUGUGCACUCAAGGGCCCCUUAAUCCUCACAUCAACCCAGCAAGGUAGGAACGACUGUCCCUAUUUCACAGGUAAGGAAACCGAGUCUCAGAGAGGUACCUCGCCUCCUCACACAUAUAGGGUUUGAUCUCAAAUCUGUUGGAUGAGAAAGGGAAGGCACAAAUACUUAACUGCUGCUUUAUAUAUAUUGUAACAAGCUUCAUCCUCUUAGUUAUGUGUAUCACCACUAAUAUUAUUGCCACCAUCCCUGCAACCCCAUUGCCACCAGAGCUACACUGGAGUGUGGCUGAGAAGUCCUCAAGCCGGUGUAUCAUCUGGGGAGGAGCCUGGUGGUUGUAACAUCCUGUGUCGACCCUGUACCCUGUGGCCACAUGGCUUCCUGCCCAUGCUGCAGCCAGAGGACCCCCUCAGGACUGUAAACAGGCUGUGCAACAAUAAAUGGGUUGAAUUGGCUUG